AGCGACUGAAGGAAUUAUCUGGAGGCGGUGCUCCUGUGGUCGGAUUCGCAUUAAGUGCGCCUGUUCCUUGUAGUAGUGGCAAGAAAAAAACUACGCCCUAUGCGGUGUACUAAUAUGUUUUUCCACUACUUUAUUUCUACGUUUUGUUUCACAUUCAUUCUAGAAAGCGUUGACGACGUCCUCUUCAUCUACGAAUAAAUUAAUAUAAUAGUAUCUUCCACGACCAAAACUACCCAGCGAGAAAAUGUCCGCCUUUCCCCACAACAUCAACGAAGACGUCCAAAUGGUUGUGGAAGAACAACAGCCGGCGCCUUCCAAUCCCAACCUGGAUCCCAAAGAAGAAAAUGAAAAACCACGUUGGGACAGAGAAGACCGGGAUAGGGUUUUAUUUGGACACAAGAACAACCAGAAGGGCGAUGGAGAUAAAAACGAUGAUCCUCGCGACACCCGCCGUUUCAUCGUCGACACGGUGAAAGGCGAGCACUCGGAUGAUUCGGAAAAGUUAGUCAUCCGAACGAAUAACGCAAACAAACGAGGAGGUGAUGGGACAACAUCAAAUGCUGACCACACCUUCGUCCCUUUCAACGCCGCAGGAAUAUCAAACCGAUCCGGAUCUGCCAGGAACAACAACAAAGGAGGCGACGGUGGUGCGAAUUACGGGGGAAAGGGAGGAAGGGGAAAUCGCCGGACUGGGAGUAAUUUUGAAGAUAGUUACGAUGUGGAUAUGAACACCAGAGAUGGCAGGCCGGGACCUUUGUACUCGAAAAAGGAGAAGAAAUCGCCCCGGAAUCUAGAUUUGGAGCGGGAAAUGGCAAUGGAGCACGGCUGGAAUGUAAAUGACUUGCCCGUCGAGAUGAAGAAGUCGCAGUGGUAUCUGUGGGAUGACCGACGGGAGGAUAUGAAGGGCGAGAAUGGUAUAAGUGUGAGAUCAUGGUGUUUUCGUUUUGCAUUGCAAAUGCGGCCUGUAUGGUGUUUUCUCCGUGACAAAUUUCAAUCAUGAAGAUCUUGCGCUGCAUGAUUUAGAUUUGAUUGUCUCCAUGGUCUGCUCCAAAUACGCAUGACAACCUAUCAGAUCGCCGCCGUGGGUACGAAGACGACCUGCAAGUGGCCGCCCGGGGUGAUAAGCGUGGCCGGAAUGAUCGUUCGAAAGGUCGUGGUUCUGCGGCAGGUGGCGGGGAUAAUUACAACACCUACCGAGGUGGACAACGGACAUUCGAGGACUCUUUCAACAACGAUUCAAACUACCGAUUCCGCCGGGAAAGCGCAAAUAAUGAGCGGAGUUCUUCUGGUGCUUAUGGAGCCAGUGGCUACACUCGCGGAGGACGAGACAAUUAUGAUGGCGGCUACAACUCCUACGGCGGCGGUGGCAAAGGUAGCUUCGUCUCUUCUACCAAAGGGAAGGGAAAGCUAUCGAGUGCGACGUUCUUCAGGAACAGCUAUCCUUCCAAUUCGAACCCGAACGACGACAAGUGGGGCCACGACGGGUUUCUGCAAUUGGAACAGUCGGAAGGAGUCCCGAUCAAAGGCGGAAAGGGGUUUGCGGACUGGCGGGGGACAUCAACAACCGGGGGUUUUGGCGUCAAAGGUGGAAAAGACCACGACCGCGAGUACAACUACAAUGCCAAGGGCGGCUACGGGAAAUCCUACUACCGGCAACAGCAGGGUGGACGGAACUACACGCCCGACCGAGAAAACGUAAAUCCAGUGAGUCAAAGAGCAGACGAUUACAUCUACGAUCCGAAAUCCGGUAUGAGCUACGAAGAAUUUUUCAACAAUUUGGAACAUAGCCACGGCAAGGGUACUGGGAGGAGCAAAGGCGCCGGAUCCUUCUCCUACGACAAUUUUCUUGAGGCAGGAGGUGCUGAGCGAAACACGAAUGCUGGAAGCAAGAACCGUUUCGACAUCAUUGUCGAAAAUUACUGGGAGGAUGACGGUAGACGUGAGAAACACCGGGAUGGCGAUACCGGUAUGAAUCUACGUGGUGCUGGCCACAGAGGACGACGCGUUGCAGCUCCUGCCGUAGACCACGACAGUUCUGACAAAGACUUAUCCCGCAGCCUGUCUCGCGGUAACAAUGAACGACACUUUGAUGUUGACAAAUUGAAGAAGAAGAAAAAGCAAAAGAAGCAUGCUGAUGUUGCUGGUGUGCAGAAGAAUAAAUCGAAGAAGGAAAAGAAGAAGAAACGACGCCAUUUGUCUUCUAGCAGUUCUUCGGAUCAGUCGAUGUCAGAAGAAGAGGUGAAUCCGAAAAUCACCAAGAAACAGCUGGAAAAGCUCAAACAGCAAAAGCUGUCCUCAAAAACUGGGGCAACGAGCAAUCCCUUCGCUAAUACGAAGCACCAGCACACGAACCGUGCUCGAGCGGCAGUGAACGCCAAGGACUUGGAUGUUGCAGCGGCUAAAAUGAAGCCAGCAGAAUGUGACGACGACGAUUUGUUCGCCAUGCUGGCUGGUGGCGGAACAACAAAGAAACGUGCUAGUAUUUCAGGGAGAAAUAAUCGUCGUGGGGGGGAUCAUCAUCCUCGUGACAAUCGGAACAAUCGGCGAAGCACCGGCAGAUCUCCCUGUCGUCGCCGGGAGGAGGGCCAGGGCCACCGCGAUCGGAGUAAAAACGUCGCUCGUGGUGAGCGCGACGCCCGUGCGGACCGGGAACGACGGGACCGGGAGCGCGAUCAACAUAAUCGCCGCCGCGGGGGGAAAAACUACUCUCGCUCUCCUGCACCACGAUCCAGAGCUUCCCGUCCUCGCGGAAACAACAACAACACGAAAGAAAAUAAAGCCGCUGUAGCCGCGGCUGCGGCCCCACCGCAGCGGACCAACAAGCAAAAGUCUACUCUGAUGAAGAAGAAGAAAGUUGAUUCAGAAUCGGAUCUCUCUACCUCCUCCGCCGAGUCCGAAAAUUCGUCGCGCUCUCGCGGCCGGAAUACCAAGCAAAAACCCACUACGGCUGCUGGAGGACGUGCAGCUGCUGUGCGUGGCCGCGCCGGCGGCCACAAUUCCUCGAAACAGACGCAGAACGGCGGGAAAAGGAAGCAAGGUCCACCUGUGGCUAAGAAAAAAUCCAAGUCUUCUUCUGUGUCGCGCAGCUCCUCUUCCCACUCGCGCAGCCCAGGACCUGCUCCCCGCAGCAGGAAACUACCUCCGAUGAAACAGUCCCCAGAGGCUGCUGCUGCAGUUCCGAAGGCGAUGAACGAGAAGCCACCGUCGAAAAGCAAAGACGCUGCUCGAGCAGCCCUUCGAGAAGACUCCAACUCCUCCGAUGAGCGUAAGAAGGCACUGCGGGAAGCGAAAUUGAAGAAGCGAGAGGAGGAUAAGCGAAAACUGCUGGAGGGGCUGAACGCCAAGCGCGGCGCGGCGGCGAAGGACAAGAUUGUAGGGACGAAGCAGAAAGAAAAGGAUAAGGAUGCUGAGCUGCAGGAUGAGCACGCACAAGAUCAAGACGACAAGUCGCAAAGCCGGAGCCAAAGCCGUAGCAAGUCCGGGCCGAAGGCAGUCAGGUCUAGAUCUCUCGAUAUAGCGGGCAAGAAGGACCACGUGGAGGAAGUUUCGAAGAGCAAGAAAAGCAAGGAGAGGAACAUCAAGGCUGAUGGGAAGAAGAAGCCAAAGCCUGUGGGUUCUGUGGCGCCGAAAGAGGGUAAAGUUGCAGCUGGUACAACUUCUAAAAAGCGGCAGGACCACCACGACAACUCGCAGUCUCGUGUUCCUUCUCGUAAGAAGGAUGACGAAGACGACCUGCCAAAGCGUGGCGGAGGUAAGAAUAAGCCUACAACGCGGAAAGAUACCGCUCCUAAGAACGACGACGACCAAAAGAUUGUUCCUACGACUAACAAACGCGGCGCAGUCAAAAAGAAGCGAAAGUCCAGCUCUUCCUCUUCCUCGUCUGAAGCAGGGAAGAAUUCUGAUGUUUCCAUGAAGAGCACUGAGUCUCCUGCUCGUGACGAGAAAUCUUCCAAAUCUAAACCUAAAACGAAAGCACCGAAAAUGAUGAACAAGAUGUCGAAAGAAAACUCGAUGAAAUCAAGCAAGGGCAGUAAACAAGAAGACGACAAAAAGUUGUCCAGGAAGGCAAAGGGAAACAAGCUGAAGAGCGAUCGCGCGGCUCAAGACCAUGAGGACCAUGGUUCAUCCAGCGGCUCCGAAGAAUCCCGCGGCCGUGGGCGAGGAGGACGUCGUGGCCUCCCGGCGAAAAAGUUGAAAGUCCAGAAGGAAGACAACCACGACGAGGAGUCGCAACAAGAAAAGAGCGACCACAAGAAGUCGAAGAAGGCUACUGGUGAUGAAAAAAAUGAAAACCAGGCGGAUUUUAGGAGCGGCAAGAAGACCAGCAUGAGAGGAGCUUCAGAUGACCGAGAGGACAAGGCGGAGAGCAAAUCCACCAAAUCGAAAACCAGCAAGAAUAAACCUGUUCCAGUUUUGAACGAAACCGACCAGAUGAUGGAGGAUCUGCUCGACGGGAAAAGUGUCCAUUCUGAGGACUACAAAAAAGACAAAGCUCCCUGUAACAUGAGGGCGGAGAGGGAGACAUCACAUAAAACUGGCGCGCAUCGGGACUACAUGCCAGAAACCAUCAAAGACAAAGAAGGAUCUGAUGGUGGUCAUGAAGAUGAUGUUGUGAUGCAACACGAUGCCAAAAACGACGACCCGGAACAACCGGAUGCGAAGCGGCGCCGCGUCACUGCCACAGCAGCCGAGAACGACAUGACAUUGUUGGAAGUUGGGCGCAAGAACAAGGACAAACAGGGCGCUCCUGCUGACAAAGAAAAUGUACCGCAAGAUGAAGAACCUGCUGCGUCCCCGCCCCCGAUGGUGGAAGUGCCGUUUGAGGGUUUGGUGCCGGAGGAGAAAGCGGAGAAGGUUAAGGAACUGCAGAAGGUGUCGCAAGCAACAAAGGCAGUGAACGAAAAGGAAAAGAAGGAGACUGCUCUAUUGGAACCUGUCGACGGUGCUAAGAAGAAGCAAUCAUCUUCUUCUCCGGCGAACAACAACAACACUACCGCACAAGCAGCCUCCGGCCCUCCCACCACCUACAUUCGCGAUCAGAAGCUCCCGCAGAUGCCUCGCGGUGGCCGCCAAGGAUGGAUCAAGCCGGAGACGGAGCCGAGCACGUCCAGAUCCAGAAGUGACAGUCGCAGCCGCGGCGGUGCUCCUGCUCGUGGUCGGAAGGCGAAAGCCACCAAAUCCGGUGGAGCCGGUGCGGGAGGCGGCGGGGCUAAGAUGAAUCCGCGUAAAAAUGGAGACAACAGCAAAACAAAGACGAAUACUAAAGCGCGGAGGGUCAGUGAAGAAUCAUCUCGUUCCCGCUCAGAUUCCCGGUCUCGCGGACGAGGAGGCGCUGGUCGGAAGAAGGCGGCCAACAAAGCGAAACCCAAAAAACGCGCGGGCUCAGGCCGUUCUCCUUCUCGUUCUCGCCGCCGGCGGUCGAGGUCUCGUUCUCAGUCGAAAAAGUCUCAAUCGGAGCAUUAUUUGCGGUCGCCCCCGCCGUGCCCUUGGCCGAAACUCGGCGGGGGGAACAGGAAGUGAGUUUUAUUUUUUUUCGUUUUCACAAAAGGAAAAGUAAAAGAGAAACGCAAGAGGACGACGGCAGCAUGACAACGAACGUUGUUACAGUUCAAAAGAAAGCAAAAUCGGCUUUCAGAUGUAAGGGUGACUGAAGCACAUGACUUCGAUUUGUUGAUUUCGUUUCAACGAUACAUUCAGGGGGUUUCGGCUCGAUUGCGUGGAUCGGCGAGCUCUCGCCUUGUAAGUGAGUAGACAGAGAGCCGCAAAAAAUUUACUACAAGAGUACGUGCUCUUUCAAACGACAAAAUUUAUUUCUGCGAAACUAGUGCUAGCAGCUGCAGCACGAUUCUAUAAAUUUAAGGGUGCAAAUGUACCACGAACAUCAAAUAAGGAGCUCUUUGGAAAACGAAAGGAU